GUGAUUUAAAAUGGGAGUUUCAUGUCGGAAUGUAAUGCUUACUGUGAUUUUAAUAUGGAGUGUUACAUCGUUUGUGUACAUUAAAUUUUUUCUAUCGCGCCCAGCUACACCUAGUUACGUUUCUCCUACAAAACGGUAUAUUGAAUUGGAAAAAAAAGUGUGUUCCAGUCCUAAAUUGAAAGCGAAAAAAAGUUGGGCGAGACAGCAGUGUCCAAAAAAUGGCAUAGUUACUUCUGCAACUGGAGGACGGCUUGGUAAUAAAAUGUGGUGUUAUAUAUCUAUAUGGGCAGUUGCCAGGGCUGCUGGUUUGGAUCCCUACGUUCCACGUUGUCUCCGUAGUCCACUGGACCAAAUUUUUGAUCGUCUUUCAGUGCCAUUGAUUGAAGAAAUCUCGCAUUGUCCGUUUGACGAGAAAAAUGUUGUGAACAGUUUAGAUUCGUGGCAACACAUGAAUCAGAGUAUAGUAAUACCGCCAGUUGCAUUUCAACAAAAAUUAUCGGUGAGAUGGACGCAGGAUAUAAGACGCGAAUUUAGAUUCAAAAAGGAACUGAUUAAUAAAAGCCAAAAUAUUUUAAGAUUAGCUUCUCAGAAACGCACAAAUUGUACUUUUGUGUCGGUACACAUUCGAAGAACAGAUUAUCAAGCGUAUCUGAAAAGAAAAUAUUCCAUUCGUCCCGCGAAUGCAACUUUUUACUACUCCGCCAUGAAAUACUUUGAAUCAAAAUAUUCAAGCGUCGUUUUCAUCAUUUCGAGUGACGAUCCUAAUUGGUGUUCGAAAACAUUUAAAGAGAAAAAUAAUGUAUACAUUACAGGGACCAAAUCCAGGGUUUCCCCCGCUUUAGAUUUAGCCAUAAUGAGUUCUUGUAAUCAUUCAAUAAUUGAUUAUGGUACAUUCGGAGAGUGGGGUGCUAUUCUGGCCGGAGGUGAGACAAUUUUUUAUAAUAUUGGUCGACCAUACAGUACUAAUGAUUUUGCAAACGAUAUGAGGGAAUGGCGUGGACGUGUUUAAGUUAUUGCGGUAUCAACUCACGAAGUAUGAAGCUACUCACAUGUACUCCCAUCAGAUCUAUGUACCUAUAAUUAAAUUUUUUUUCGCCUA